AUGACUGCUUCAGAUCAAAGCGACGACGUACACACUGGUCGGUCACAGUCGAAAAAACGAAGGAUACCAGGCGCGUGCGACAUUUGUAAACGAAAAAAGAGUGACAGCGGGGAGUUACCAGGCAAUCGAUGCACUCAUUGCACUCAGCUGGGUUUGGAAUGUACGCACAAGGAGGUCGUAAAGACAUUGGGCACUGCAAAGGGAUAUGUCGAAAGCCUGGAAUCUCGUCUUGAAAAGAUGGACAAGCUGUUGACGAAGCUUCUUCCUGGUGUUGAUUUGAAUCAAGAAGUUGAGAACUUUGGGGAAGACAGUUCACCGGAACCGCCGACCUUUCGCAACGACACUGAAGACCCGUCCACUGAUGAUCUUAUCUGGAAAAUGUCCAAGUUCAAGUUGAAUCCUCCCCAGAACCGAUUUUUUGGAAAAUCCAGUGGAUUCCAUUUGAUACAGGCUGCUCUUGAGCACAAACACGAAUUUACGGGAGUACCGAAGAACAAUGUCAAAACAUUUCAAAAGCGUAAAGAGUUUUGGGAACUUCCACCUUGGGCUCGCUUUGAUCCGGAGGCAGAUGAAGUGUACGAGGGCUUCGAUUUCCCGGACGACGACUUAAUGCCAUCCCUCAUCGAUAUCUACUUUCUUCAAAUAAACCCUUUCCUUCCACUUCUGCACCGCCCCACGUUCGAGGCUGAUGUCGCGAGUGACUUGCAUCUGACAGACCCCAUGUUCGCAAGAGUGCUGCUCCUGGUCUGCGCCCAUGGUGCACGGUACUCUUCAGACCCGCGUGUGCUUGCGGAAGGGUCAACCGACUCCCGAUCCUCGGGUUGGAAGUGGUUUGAACAAGUGGAUGUAGUUCGUAAAUCUCUGCACAAGAGGACAUCAUUGCACGAGCUUCAGAUGCACGCGCUACAUGUCCUCUUUUGCCAAACAAGUGAAAUUUCGCAUGGUGUUUGGUUGCAGAUCGGGCUUGCGUUGCGGUUAGCACAAGACGUAGGUGCCCAUCGGAGACGAAAGGAUAUAAGGGUUCCUGAUACAGAAGAUGAACUAUGGAAGCGAGCGUUUUGGGUUAUAUUAAGCCUCGAUCGUUGGUCGGGCUCGUUUUCGGGUCGUCCUAGUGGCCUACAUGAUGAGGACUUUGAUCUCGAUCUUCCGCUGGAUUGUGAUGACGAAUAUUGGGAGACUGGUUUCGAACAACCCGCCGGGAAGCCAUCCACAAUUGCAUAUUUCAAUUGUUAUCUAUCCUUGAUGAAUAUCCUCUCAUCCGCGAUGCGUCUUAUAUAUCCCAUUAAGAGGCCAAACCGCGUCUUUGGUCAUCUUCCACAUCGUUCUGAUGAGCAGACAGUCGCAGAGCUGGAUUCGGCGAUGAACCAUUGGAUGGAUUCGAUUCCUGACCAUCUCCGGUGGAACCCAAACUGCACAAACCAACUUUUCCUGAAACAGUCGGCUGCCCUCCACGCAAUCUAUUAUCACCUCCAGAUUUUCAUUCACAAGCCCUUCAUUCCGACACCCCGAAAUCCGUUUCCCGUUACUUUCCCUUCAUUGGCGAUAUGUACGAAUGCUGCACGAUCUUGUUGUCAUGUUCUUGAGUCUUUCAGCCGUUUAAGCGCGUUACCAUUAUCUCAACUACAGAUCACUGCUUUUACAUCUGCCGUGAUUCUUCUUCUGAAUAUAUGGAGCGGUAAGAGGUCAGGGAUUGCCCCAUAUCCUCGUCGGGAAGUGGAAGACGUUCAACGGUGUAUGGGAGUACUCAAGGCAUCUGAAGGAAGGUGGGCAUCUGCAGGUCGACUCUGGGAUAUCUUAUCUGAGCUGGCGUCUGCCGGCGACGUCUCCAUUCGAAAUAACGAUUAUGCAGCGGUUUCGAACAAGAAACGACCACGUGAAGAUCAUAAUGCCCCUCCAACAAGCAUUCCGUCCUCGCCUGAUGAACCAAGGAGUAUUGCCGGUUCUCGUCGUGUGUCGUCCGUCCCUCAAUCAUCGAAGCCCGUCCAACCUGAACAAGGAAUGAAUUUUUCCUUGCCAAUGUACAGCAAUGAGCUCGGACGACUUCCUAUAUACGGCCAGUUCAAUUUCUCUGAUUCCGUGUUUCAUCCUGGGGAUGAACGAAUUUGCUUGAAUGAGCAUGUUUCUGUUCCUAUUCCAGACACACCUUCCAGUGCUACGUCUUCUUCUACUAUCAAUGGCUUCCGUCAAUUUGAGCCUGGAAUGAACCUGCCAUCCAACUUGCCGACAAGCAAUUUCUUCACUGACCCAUAUCCUGCGGAUACUGAAGUGAACGGGAAUGUGCAAUUUUCAAUCCCAACAACAACAGACUCUGUGGACUUUUCUUCAUUGUUUGCAACGAAUCCGCCUGAUUCCGGCAAUGUAUCGUAUUUUGGGGACUCGUUACCUAUGAUGGAUAAUGAAACUUUGACGAUGUGGUCGAUGGCGCCGACCAGUCUAGAGCUGGAUGAAUGGGGAAGAUAUAUCUCUAGUGUAGAGCAAAUGACGCAGAGCCAUGGCCGUUUCUCUCUCGCAUAG